GCAGGCGCAUGGCAUGGAGUGCCCUUGAAAGCAUGCCGGCAACCGUAGGGUCGUGCUACCCCCGGGCUGCGAAGAGCAAUCCGUAAAAUUUGUAGAAAAUUUCGACUUUGCAAGACCUGGACGGACGCCGAACCAGGUGCAUGUCGAUGAAAGUCGUUCAGACCUAGUGGAACGAGAAUCUGUCAGCUCCCAAGCAAGCUUGCGUGCGUGGGAUCAGUUGGAGUGGCUGUGGCUGUGGCUGGAUCCGGGAGGAGCACUCAGGGCUGCAUGGUCUCGUGAUUGAAGGGCUCAGGGCAUAGAUUGGUCGGUCGAUCGUUCGAUCAGGCAGAUUCCAGCGUUGGCAUCAGUCGGAAGAAGCUGAAGAAGAGAAGAUGGGCGAGAGGGACGGCCUGAGGCAGAGCUUUUUAGAUCCAGAAGAAGGGCAGAGGCCGGACGGGCCGGAUGACGAUUCGAGCGGAUUGAGUGAACAAUUUGCCCGAGUGGCAGAUGCGUGGCGGAAGCAGAGACAGUCCGAAUGGCUGCAGUUCGGGACGAGCACGACGGAGCUGGAAGAGAGCAGGGCGCCGUGGAGAAAAGAGCUGGGCGAAGCUCUGGAAGCCACGCCGGCGCACGUGGUCAUCGUGGUUCUGCUGCUGGUGGAUCUGCUGGCGACGGUGGUGGACAUACUGAAAACGGUUCACAAUAAGACUCACGAUCUGAGCACCUGUACUGCUUACUUGCAGGAAUGCCAAUGCGUGCAGGACUUCGAGAAAUCGGAGUCCUGGGAAUUUCUGUACUGGAUCUCCAUCAGUAUUUUGAGCAUUCUGGCGCUGAAUAUUGUGGGCCUGUUGGUGGCCUUCGGCACCGCCUUCUUCCGCCACCCUGGAUAUGUCCUGGAUCUCGUGGUGGUCGGUACUGCUCUUGUGUUGGAGAUCUUCCUGGAUUCCGACACCGUGGGUUUGUUGAUAGUGUUGACUCUGUGGCGCAUCGUCCGAGUAGCCCAUGGCAUAUUUGAGGUGACUGACGAAGCUUGGGAGAAGCAGAUCGAUACGUUCAAGGAGCAACUCAAGGCUGCAGACUCCAAACACUACGCAGAUCAAGAGCUCCUUCGACAAAAGGAUCAACAGAUUGCCGAGCUGAGUGGACAGCGCAAUGGGCAGGAGAAUCAGUACUACUGACUCCCCCGCGUUGCGACCCCCAGGCACUGAAACUCGUGUCGGGCCGGAUCUCUGCCAUACUCGCUACAAGGACCUGGAAAUUCUCGUCUCUCGGGCUUUGGCGAAGCUAGCGAUCGCCUCGUACGUUCUGCGAGUCUUCCGUCGAUGAGAAAAAGCAGAAGCCAUGAGAAGUGACUGUCAGUCCCGUUGGAUGCGAGAGUUGGUGUGCUUCUCUUGAAUAACUUCUGCAGUUCGAAGUUAGAGACGGUAGAGAAACGGGCAUAUUGCUCGGGUUGUUUAUGACUUUGCGAAUCUUGUUUCCUCACGUGCUUUCCCCCCAUACUCAUCAGCUGACAACAAUCUUUCGUUUUAAAUCUAGACUUCAGGUGUCUUUUUCGUUAAAAUCUGUCGUUGUUUACUGGUACUGCUGGCAACAAGUAAUAAUAUCCUCCUCUUCAACUUCUCGCG